AUGCUACAUUUCUCUCUGUGUUUUUAUACAUUCAUUUGCAGGUUAAACCAGGAGCUGCUGGUGGAGAACAACACCACUCUUUGCAACCGCACAGUUCCUGCAACCCAUCUUGUAGGAGACUCAUCGUCCUCGGUGGAGUUUUUCGUUGCUGUGGCCGUCUUGGCUUUCCUCUAUUCAAUGGUGGCUCUGCUGGUCUAUCUGGGCUACAUGCAUGUGUACCGAGACUCUGACUUCGGCCCUAUGUUUGAUUUUGCGCUGACAGCAGUCUUUGCGUUCCUGUGGCUGGUGUGCUCGUCUGCCUGGGCUCGAGGUCUGCAGACGGUGAAGGACGCCACCGGUACGGCUGGCAUUGAAUCCACUCUGGCGCUCUGUACGGACAAAGAUGUCAAAUGUGAAGUCACUGAGUACGCCAGCCUGCACUCGCUCAAUAUAUCUGUG